CAGUUUCAUGAUACGUUUAAUGAAAAAGAAAAAAUCAUUGAAACAUACAUAAAAGAAAAGAAGAUUGAAAGAAAACAUCAGUGAUAUUUGUCAAUUACUGCCUAAAAUUUUCAAGUGCGAAAAACAUUAUUUAGUGCAAAUAAUGCUUUGCGAACACCUCUAUAUGUAUUUUCAAGUUAAAGAGUUUAAUUGGUAAAUGGGAAGCAAUGGUAAGAAGGUGUUGGUUGGAGCCGCAUGGAAUUUAUUUACGCCGCAAUUUGUAUUGACGUCUGGAAACAUGAGAAAAUACUCAAAUUAUUUUUGGCUGGUUAUGAAAAGUGCUGGCUAUGCAAAUUUUACAUACGUAUGUGUAUGUAUGAAUGGAUAUGAAUAAGAAAAUUCAUCGCACACUGACGUAUUCAUAUAAUCGUAAAAUUCAAGACUACUAGAUCGGUAUUUCGUUGAUGGCUGCAACCAAAAUUAUAGAUGUUCCACGAAAUGGGCAUGAAAUGGCCCCAUUGAAUACUCGGGCUCGGGGCGAUGGAACGCAUGGAGUUACAAUUGUUCUUACUGCUUCCCAGCGCAAUUCCGUAAGCUCAGUGGAGGUGCCGGGCGAGACGGAUCGUGCAGCAUGGUCUGGGAAAAUGCAGUUCUUCCUCAGCAUUAUCGGAUAUUCUGUGGGACUGGGAAAUAUUUGGCGAUUUCCGUACCUAUGUCAACAAAAUGGUGGAGGGGCUUUCUUAAUACCGUUCAUGGUGAUGCUGAUAUUGGAAGGUGUGCCCUUGUUUCUGAUAGAACUUGGUAUCGGCCAACGUAUGAGGCUUGGCGCACUCGGUGUUUGGAACACUAUACACCCUUGGCUGGGUGGUAUUGGAAUCUCGUCCUGCAUCGUUACCCUAUUUGUAGCCUUGUAUUAUAAUGUUAUAAUAACUUGGGUAUUCUUCUAUUUAUUCAACAGUUUUCGUUAUCCUUUACCAUGGGCUUCCUGCCCAACAAAUGGCACAGUUGAAGUUGAGGAAUGUGCACGUUCAUCAGAAACUGCGUACUUUUGGUAUAGAACAACACUAGAUGCUGCACCUUCUAUGGAUGAGCCAGGCGGCCUUAAGUGGUGGAUCGUACUCUGUUUGUUUCUCUCUUGGACAAUCGUAUUUUUUAUUGUCAUGAAGGGCAUUCAAAGCUCCGGCAAGGUUGUGUACUUCACAUCGCUUUUCCCCUAUAUUGUGUUGACAAUUUUCUUCAUACGUGGCAUUACGUUAAGAGGUGCCAGCGCUGGACUCAUACACAUGUACACACCUAAAGUGGAAAAACUGGCCGAUCCGACUGUAUGGUUGGAUGCGGCGACGCAAGUUUUCUAUUCGUUCGGUCUGGCUUUUGGAUCGCUGAUCGCUUUUGGUAGUUACAAUCCGCCCAAGAAUAACUGUGUACGUGAUGUCCUUUUGGUGUCGGUGUGUAAUGCCAUCACCGCCAUAUACGCCAGCGUCGUGAUAUUUGCCAUUCUCGGAUUCAAGGCUACGGUCAACGUGGAUCGCUGUAUUGAGCUCAAUAAGGACAUCCUAAUCAAACACGAUUUACUGCAUUUCAAAAAUGCAACAAUGGAAGAAUACGAUGCUGUUAUGGCAAAACUUAACGGUACCGAGUCCUUCAGCUUGGAAAUUGAGGAAUGCAGUCUAUCAAAACAACUUGACAAUGCUGCCGAGGGCACUGGCCUAGCGUUUAUUGUUAUUACUCAGGCUAUUGUGGAGUUACCUGGUGCGCCGUUCUGGGCAGUUUUGUUCUUUACAAUGUUGCUUUCCCUAGGCCUGGGAUCUCAAAUUGGCAUACUAGAGGGGAUGCUAUGCACUCUCUUUGACAUUGAUAUCAUUAAACGGGUUAAGAAACAACAUGUGACAGGGGUAGUAUGUCUAUUCUGCUUCAUUGUCGGUUUCAUCUUCUGUACAGGUGCCGGUGAAUAUUGGCUCAAAAUGUUCGACUCAUUUGCGGGCACCAUUGGGUUGGUUGUGGUCGCAUUGAUGGAAACAAUUGCGGUGGUAUACGUCUAUGGACACGAGAGAUUUACGGAAGAUAUCUAUCAGAUGACCGGAUACCGACCCGGCCUCUAUUGGCAGUUAACCUGGCGUUAUAUUGGACCAGUCAUUAUGACGGCAAUUCUAGUCUCUUCUGUCGUCUUCAUGGUCAUCAAGAAUCCAACAUAUGGAGCCUGGAACGCACAACUUGGUGCUGUGCAACAAUCCAAUUAUCCACCAUGGGUAAUGGGCGUCGCAUUAGCUAUGAUUCUCGCUGGUGUUUUGCCAAUGCCCAUAGUAUUUUUGAUGCGAAGCUUCCAGUGUCUAAAAGUGGACUUAGAUAUACACCAGGGCUCAAUAAGGCGAAAUGAGACUACGGCUUCUACAAAGGAAAUGAUCGAUAAUGACGACGAUGAGGAUGACGAAGAUAAUUACAGUGGUCCCGCAAUGGGCGGUCCCGUUAGAACACGAAGCGACUUUUCGGAUGAUGACGAUGAUGAUGAUGACGACCGGCCUGUGACGAUGCGAAGCUCCAAUAUCCAUUCCAAACUUGCCGUACCGAAUCAUCUAAAUGUGCCAACAAGUAAACGCUCAUUUAAAAUGGAAGUUUUCGAUUUGUGAAAUACUUAAGUUUGGAUGUAAUUAGUAAUUAAGACGGUAUGCCUGAUUAUUUACUUUGACAUUUGACAACUUAAUGCUUAAAUAAUUGUAUUGCAAACGCCUCAAUAGUUUUUUGUUAUAUAGUUAAAUCAAUUUAAGAAUUAUAAAAGAAAUACAAUAUUGAAAUUCUGAUUAAACCAAAUGUAUAUAUGUAUAUACACACAUACAAGAAAGACAAUGUGAAUAUUUGUUUGUGCUUAUGCAUCUGCGUAUAGGCAUGUAUGCAUGUUUGUUGUGAUUCCAAAUCUAUGUCAGAAAGUACUUAAUUACCUUUAUACCAAUUUAUGCAUAGCACUACAUAUUUAUAUAGAAGAAAUCGCAUAUAUUAUUUGUUACAUGAUAAAUACAAAUGUUUACGUUACUAAUGGUUCACGCACACAUACAUGCACAUGCAUUACGACUAGGCCAAACCUUAAAAUGAGGUUUUAAGGAGUUAGGUCGGUUUCAGAGUCUGUAAACAAGGGUAUUUUAAAAUUUUUUUCUACUCUCGCAACAAAGUUGCUAAAGAGAGUAUUACAGUUUUGUUCACAUAACGGUUGGUUGUAGCUCCUAAAACUAAACGAGUUAGGUAUGGGGUUAUGUGUAUCAAAAUGAUCAGGGUGACGAGUAAAGGUCAAAUCCGGAUGCCUGUCUGUCCGUCCGUCCGUCCGUCCAAGCUGUAACAUGAGUAAAAAUGAAGACAUAUUAAACUUGGUACACGUAUUUCUUGGCCGCAUAAGAAGGUUAAGUUCGAAGAUGGGCGAAAUCGGACCACUGUGACGCUCACAAAAUGGCGAUAACCCAAAAUAUAUAAAGAGCUAUAACUUAGCCAAAAAUUAGCUAUAGAAAUAAAAUUUGGUAUGAAGGAUCGCACUAUGAAGGGCCAUAUGUGGAUGUAUUUUAUUGGGGGCCCCCUACUGAAUUUUAUGUACAUAUCUCGUAAACUACUGAAGCUAUUUCAACGAAACUUUCUAGAGUCGUUUCUUUUAUGUACCACCUUAUACAGUGCAGAAAUGGAGAAAAUCGGAUUAUGACCACGCCUACAUCCCAUACAAAGGCUAUGUUGAAAACUACUAAAAAUGCUUUAAUUCAGUAAGGAAAACCACCAGAAACCUUAAAUUUCAUUAUAAAGAUGGUACAGAAGAGCUGCACUCAAAAUGGUUUACAAAAUUUUAAAUGGGCGUGGUUCCGUCCACUUAUGGGUCAAAAAUAAUAUCUCGGAAUCUAGCCGACCAAUUUCAAUGAAAUUCGGUACGUAAUAUAUUCCUGGCUUCCCAAUGAUAUGUUAGGAAAAUAGUCCAAAUCGGUUCACAAUCACGCCUACUUCCCAUAUACAAUAACCUUGACCUCAGAGGACUCACAGCUUCGAAUAAUUUUUUUACCGAAAAUAUGGGUAAGUCUCUCACAUAUUUUGAAGAAAUUCAUAGGGAAUAUUUUUCGUCUAUAACUGACGGUAUAUAAUAAUCGGUUGAGCUUUUUCUGCUAUAUAUGUGGAUGGUGAAUGGAUUAACUUAAAGAAGUUACUUUUGAAAGGUUCACCUUUGUCUGCUAAAAUUCUUUGAAAUUUUUAUUAUAAUCCCGGGAUCCACAGAGUUGUGGUAUACACAAGGAAUAUUUGGGUAUUUACAUAAAUGCAUAUGCGAAUAUUUUUAGUUAUUCUUGUAUAACAGAUAUUUCCCCCGAUUUAUUUGUUAUUUAGGCUAAUUGGUAAUGGCUAAGGUAUAUCUAAACAAAUAGUCAGCAACUGAUAUUUGAUAUCCUUGUUGCUGACAAAACUUCAACGGCAUUAUUUGACAAAAGUAUUAUUUCUCAUCAAAAUAUUUACUAAUAUGUGUUUAAGAUGAAUUGUAGAAUUAGGCUUAAAUUAAGACUAUGUCUAGAUGUGAGCUUGAUAUUAAAUGUGGCCGAUGUACAUAUAUAAAAAUUCUUAUUGUGGAGCCUUAAAUUAAACCUAGUUUUAUAAUAAUACACUAAUGAUAUUUACUUGCUGUUUUUAAUUUUCAAAAGUUCAUCAUUCUUAUUGCUCCACAUUGGCAUUUGUAGUCUUAUAAGAAAUACUCAGAGCUGGUUAUAAACGCCAUUUUUAGUUAAUUAUGUAUUUUAAUAUAUUAUUUGAUAAUAAUGGCAUUGAGCAUUGUAAUUAUAACACAGUGAAGACAUUGUAUUGUAGUUUCAGGAAGUACGAUAGAUAAAAAAGGAUUACGAUUUAUGUGCGGUUAAUAUUCGUACGGAUUUCUGCUCGUUACAAAAUAAAUUACUCAUGUCUACUCUUCGGGUAAAAAAAGGAACAUGUAUAGGAAAAGAUAUAAUAUAAAAAUACAAUACCUUUGUAAAUUACUUGACACACGCAUAUGCAUACAUGUACUAUUAUAUUGAGAUACAAAUAACAACUACUCAUUAUGAAACUGGUAGUUUUGUAUAGUAGAACCACCGAUUAUCCGGAUCAAAUUAAACCAGGGGUAUUCUGCAUAAUCGAAAUUCCGGCUAAUCGAUUUCAAAGCAAUUCAAACAAUAUUUUAAUUUUAAUACAUUUUAAUUAUUUAAUGGGUUUUAGAUGCGUCGUAUAGAUAUUACUAUAUCGAGCCUUUACCGCCAUUUUAGCAUAAGCGACAAAAACCAAACUUUACAGGAGAAGGUUUUUUUUUAAUUCUUUUAACCAUUAAUGUGGUAGUAAUUUAAAAUUUCUCAUACAUUAAUGCUUUUCAGACAUUUGCAUAUAUAAUUGAAAAAAAAAAUUUAAAUGACUACCACAUUAAUGGUUAAAAGUAUUUAAAAAAAACCUUCUCCUGUAAAGUUUGGUUUCUGUCGCUUACGCUAAAAUGGCGGUAAAGGCUCGAUAUAUAAUACACGAGCCUACAUAAUGCCUACAUAAUUUAAAAUUUUAAAAUAGUUGAAAACAACUUGAGAUUGAUCUUUGACGUAAUUAAUCAUAUCUUUUCAUUGUGACCUAGUCUCUGAAGUGUCCCCAAGUCUUCAAGUUUCUAGAGCUAAAGGCCUAACCAGAUAUAUUAGCAUUAAAGUCAUUAACUUUUCGAUUUGUUUUGGAACAAAGCUACUCCAAAGCAACAGUGUUGAUUGUAUGGGGUAUUAAUAGCAAAUGCACUUCAUGAUUUAUUUCACAAAAUACCUCAUUCGGAUUUGUUCAUCAAAAUAGUGUUUGCCGUCAACUUAGACUUAUAGCUGGUAAUGUUGGCGGAUACUUGAAAAUUUAGUAAAUGUAAAGACGAUGCUAAUUAAAUACAUAAAUGCAUAACAACAGUAUAUAUAAAAAAGUAUUGAAACAGUCAAUUUCUUCAGCAAACAUCUUAUAUGAAAUAAAAUUUAUAAAUAAAGGCGUGAUUUAUUGUUAUGACAGUAAAUUAAGACGUAAAUGUGUGAUAUAUUAUAUGAUAUUCACUAAUAAAUAGUAUGUAAGUUGAAAAUAUUCAAACGAAUAUAAUAAUUAACGCAACGCUUAAGCGAUACAAAUACGAAAUUACGAAAAACGAAUUAGCCAAUAUUGAAUGCUUUUAUUAAUGCCACUGAAGAAGAUUAACAUCUGCAUACAUAUAUAUACAUAUGCAUGUAUGUACACCUUAUAAAUUUAGGUAAAAAUUUGUAUGUGUGACCAAGUCUUGGUUUAAGUUUCGUUUAGCCAAUUCUAACCGCUGGUUGAAAACUAUAUGAUACACUCGAGUAUAUAAUAUACAUAAGGUUGAGAUGUUGUUAAAUAAUUGUUGACUAUGCUAUUUUUAUGUUUCCCAUCAAUAGUAAUAACAAUAUAUAGAUUAUUAAGCUCUGACGUGAUUUUCAAUUUCGUGUUUCCAUGAAGACAUAAACCAGACAAACAGAACAUAAGACAAUUGGGGAUUCAGUUUAUACAUGAAUGUAUGUAUGUAAAGUGUAUAUGAGGAUUGUCUUUUCAGAAGGGGAUAUCUACAUCUUAACUUUUUUUCACGAAAUAAGAAACCAUUAUAAUGGAAAUAAUUACAGAUCUACUGAAAAAUAGUAUUUGUAUUUAGGAAUAAUGUCAGUGCAUUGUUCUAACUAUACAAUUUGACAAAAAUAGGACUUUGUCAUUUAGAGCCACAGAAUUAUAAAAAAAUAGAAUAUCCGCUAUUGACACAAAACCGCUUCAGUUCAUCUAAAUUGUACAAUUCCCAACUGUUUCUUGAGUAAAUUUGAAAUAUCUUCUUGCAUACUUUCAGCGAGCGUUGUACUACAUCCAAAUUAUCUAAAGUAAAAGGAGGUCGUUUGCCCCGUUUUAGUAAUGGCCACUAAUCAGUUUCUUAAGGAGAAAAAUUCUUUUCAAUGAUUGUAUACUAUCCAGUCUCUUGUAAUUUUCAUUCAAGCUUUUUAUAUCUUUCAGAAUCCAUUCUUAUCCCAGUACUUUUAAUUGAUCAUCUCCUUUUAUGUAUUAUGAAAGGAACAAAGGGUACAAAUAUCCGGUUUUCAAACGGACGCUCACAUAAAAAGCUCUUUGACUUGGAAACUAAAUAUCUCGU